AUGACAAAAUAUUUCGUUACAGGUGGUACUGGCUAUCUCGGACAAGCAUUAGUUGAUGAUUUAUUAGCAAAUGGUCAUCAAGUUUUAGCAUUAGCAAGAUCUGAUGAAUCUGCUAAAAAAUUACAAGAUAAAGGAUGUGAAGUUCAUAGAGGUGAUCUUGAAGAUUUAGAAUCAUUAAAACAAGGUGCUAGAAAAGCAGAUGGUACUUUACAUUUAGGUUUUAUUCAUGAUUUCACAAGAUAUGAAGAAUGUUGUAAAAUUGAUUUUGAAGCUACAAAAGCUAUGAUUGAAGAAUAUCAAGGUACUGAUAAACCAUUUGUUUAUACAACUGAUUUGAUGACAAUGCCAUCAUCAAUUGGUGUUAAACAAUAUGAAUAUGAUUGGCCAAAACCUGAUUGUGAUUAUCAAAGAACUAAAAAUGAAAUUUUUGCACUUGAAUCAUCUACAAAAUAUGGUACAAAGACUAUUGUGGUUAGAUUACCACCUUCAGUUCAUGGACCUGGUGAAAUUGCAUUAAUUCCAGAUUUAAUCAAUACUGAUAAAAAACUUGGACAUUCAGUUUAUCUUGAUGAAGGUGAAGUUAGAUGGUCAGCAGUUCAUAAAAAUGAUGCAGCUUCAGCAUUUAGAUUAGCUAUUGAAAAAGGUUCAAAAGGUUCAGUUUAUCAUGCUGUUCAUGAUGAGGGAAUUAAAUCAAUUGAUUUAGCUAAAGUUAUUAGUGAAAAAUUUAAAUUACCUUUAAAAUCAUAUGCAAUGGAAUCAGCUGAAAAAGAUUUAGGAUUCUUAGGUUAUGCUUAUAAAAAAAAUAUGUGGGUAUCAAAUGAAAAAACUAUAUCUGAAUUAGGUUGGGUUCCAAAAGAAUUGAAUCUUUUAGAAGAUAUUAAGCAAAACUAUAACUAG